CCCUCCCAGUCCCGCCAUGGGGACGGAGCCCGAGCCCCCCCCGGGGCCGCUGGACCUGGGAGUGCUGCGAACCCCCCGGGGGCUGCUGCUGGUGGCCGAGCUGCUGCUGGCCCUGGCCCUGCUGGGGCUGCUGGUUGCCCCCGCCCCGCCCCCGCUGGCCCCGGCCCUGCUGCACACCCUGGGGGCCGCCCUGGCCCUGGGGGGGCGCCUGCUGCGGGACCCCCCCCGCCUGCCCCGCGGCUACGGGCCCUGCCUGGACCUCCUCCGGGCCGUCAGCGGCACCAUCAUCUUCCUCGUGGUGGCCCUGGUGGCCCUGGCCGCCUCCCGGGACGCUUUGGCCGCCACCACCUUCACCUUCGGCCUCAUCCUCUCCUUCCUCUUCGCCUUCGACGUCUUCGUCACCUACCGCACCCAGGUGGCCCCGGCGCUGGCCCAAGACCAUCCCCCGGAGACCACCUAACCGGAACCGCCUCCCCCCGAAACGGGGGGGCCCAGCGCGCCCUGGGGGGCCCCCCCCCCACGCCCCACACCCCGCCCCACACCCUGCCCCACACCCCGCCCCACACCCCGCCC